AUGGUGUACUACUUCUCAUCCAACACGGUGUCGCCGUCGGCUUUCAUCUACGUCGGCAAAGACAAGGUUGAGAACGAAGAACUUAUCAAAUACGGCUGGGACGAAGAUGUCUGGUUUCACGCCGACAAUCUCUCUUCGGCCCAUAUCUACGUCCGGUUGCCCGAGGGCGAAGAUUGGGAAAACAUGAGCAAAGAGUUGCUGGUGGACUGCGCGCAACUAACCAAGGCGAACAGUAUUGAGGGUAACAAAAAAGAUAACGUUACGAUUGUGUAUACGCCUUGGAGCAACCUGAAGAAAGAUGGGAGUAUGGCUGUAGGUCAAGUUGGGUUCAAGGAUCAGCGAAAGGUGAAGCGCAUACAUGUGGAGCAGCGAGAAAAUCCUAUUGUCAACCGUCUUAACAAAACAAAAGUUGAGAAGUACCCCGACCUAAGAGAGGAGCGAGAAGCAAGGCGGGCGGAGUUGAGGAAGCGAGAUCAGAGUGCUCUGCAAGCCAAGCGCAAAGAAGAGGCCCGUAUAGCCAAGGAGCGCAAGGAGCUUGCGUGGCGGAGAGAUCAUGCCUACGACGAUGUCAUGACAGAGGAGAGUCUAGAGCAAAACUCCAACGAGAACCGCGAUGAGAACUUCCUCGACGACUUCAUGUGA